AGAAAUUAUAUUUCUACUUUAUUUUCUAUCAGUAUUAUAUGUUUGAGUCAAAUGCAGUUCUACAAAGACUUCAGUCAAACAGUAUUGUGACAUCAUAAAUAUGGCAUCAGGGACAACAAAUGGGGACGAUGCUGAUCUUCGAGCUCCAAGGCGUCGUCAACCUUCACAAAGACUUGGAAUAAGCGGAUAUGAGAUUCAUAGAGCAGUUCAAGCACUGCAAGAUCAGCACCAAACUGUACAGAAAAGAACAUUCACAAGAUGGAUGAAUUCACAUUUAUGCAAGUGGAGGCCUCCUCUAGAAGUGAAUGAUCUUUAUGAAGAUAUACGUGACGGAACGAAACUCAUUGCAUUGCUGCAGAUAUUGUCCGGAGAAAGAUUGGUUACAGAAACGAGUCGCAGAUCACAACGUUUCGGUCAUCUCACAAAUAUACAGACAGCGUUAGCAUUUCUUGAAAAUAAAAAGAUAAAACUUGUCAACAUAAACCCAACAGAUGUCGUAGACGGCAAUCGUUCCAUUAUCCUAGGAUUGCUUUGGAAGAUUAUAUUGUGUUUCCAGAUUCAUCGUUUGUUACCGAUAUUUCCGAUUGAAGAGCUCACGAACAAUCUCGCUUUCGCAAGUGAUCUGUCCACAAGUACGUCCAGUAUCGAUAGUUUUGCUACAGAUGGGGGAGGACCGCCCAAGAAAAAGAAAGCUGGAGCAAGAUCGAAAUGGAAGGGAGCCGCAAAGAAGGCUCUAUUGCAAUGGGUGAAGAAGAAAACUGCAAGCAAUCCAGAAGGCUUCAACAUAGCAGUAAAAGAUUUCGGGCCAAGCUGGAGAGAUGGGGGAGCUUUUAAUAAGAUGAUUUACACAAUUCAGCCUCAACUCGUCGACUUAGAUCAACUUGGUCGACACACAAACACAGAGAAUUUAGAACAUGCAUUCCAGGUCGCUGAAAAACAUCUUGGGAUUCCGAGGUUACUGGAGCCUGAAGAUGUUGAUGUUGAUAGACCAGAUGAGAAGUCAAUAAUGACUUAUGUUGCUCAAUUUGUGACCAAAUAUGCUACUCUAAGUGGAGAAACCGAAGUGGACGCCCCUCAGGUUGAUGAGAAUACAAUUCAAUAUGAAGAAGUUAUGUUCUGGUUAUCUGAGGCUGAGGAAAAACUUGCGGAAGUUCAUAAACGUUUCCGAUACAGACAUCAAGACUAUCCUGACCGACUCGAACUGCGGGCAAAGUUUGGUGAAAUCGAUGACCAGGCUCAAUUACUACGUGACAAGUGGGCGGACGGUCAGGCCUCCUCAAUUUCUGAGCAACAGAUAGAACAAAUGGAUAAUUUGCUGAACAAGAUUGACAAAUCAGUAAAGAAAUGGCAUCGUGAACUCGACAGCCGUCUCCCAGGCCAGCUAGGUGAAGUCGGAGCCUGGUUGCAUGAAGCAGAAAAAAUUCUGUCGAGAAAAUAUGACGACGCUGCAAAUGAGGAAGAAAUUGCAGUAGUCGUCAAGAAACAGAUGGAUGAACAUAGGGCUGUUUUCAAAAACAAGAAAAUCAUGGAGCAAAUGUUUCAAAGAAGCAGAAGUACACGACAGUCAAGGAUCGGGCAGCAACAGAUUCCUAAAGAACAACUGGACGAUAUGAGCCAGAGAUUUUCAAGAAUUACCACUGAAUCCGCUUCCAGAAUGGCUCAGCUUGAAUUCAUGGAAGCGAAGUCCCAAACCCUGGGAUUCCUGGCCACUGCAGAGACAAUGCUGAAGCAAUGGACUGUAAAAUAUGGGAGAAAACCAUCUGUGGAUGUCCUAUUGCAGAAUUAUAAGGAAACAAUUGAAAAUGGCAAUUUUAUACAAAAAUUCAAAACAGCCAAUGAGAAGUUGUUACGAUCUGGGGAAGCAUAUCUGGCAUCAGAUAUUCCACCGGAAGAGAAGGAUCUUGUCAGGAAAUUCCUUGAAGAUAAAGAGGCUCAGGUUGCCAAUGUUAGCAUCGAGCUUCAAAGUGUUGAGAGCAUGCUGGAAGAAGUGGGGGCAGGAUGGCAACAAUAUGAAGAAUGUGUUGCCAGAUUACAACCUUGGUUGGACCAGGCUGAACAAAUCAUCAAGACUAAAGGAAAGAAAGGGAAGGAUUUCUUUCAUGACCUUCCAUCCUGGGUCCAGACGCAUGCAACAAUGAAUGCAAGUGGAAAUUUUCUGAUUGAAACUUGUGAUGAAAACGUCAGUAAAGAUGCCAAACAACAAUUGUUACUGCUGAAUGGAAGAUGGAAACAGGUCUAUGAGGUUUGCAAAGGCUACAUGAGAGAAGAGGAGCUUGCGAGAAUGCGAGAGGAGUUUCACAUUGGAAUCAGUGGUUUACAGAAAUGGUUGGAUAAUGUGGAAUCAACUGUAACGCAACCCACUCCUAUGGAAUAUCAUCUUGUCAAAGAGAAUCUACAGGAUAUCGAGGAUAUUCGAGACGAGAUCCACCAAGCAGAAGAGAAGUACAAACAAGUAAGCAAACUGGCACAAGGAUUAGUCAAAGACACACCACAGGAGGAAGUCAAUGAAAUGUUGGUCACUAUGACUAAGAUUAAAGAUAGACUGCUAAAGGCUAGAGGUGAUGUCAACCAGUACAUUGGUAACAGCAGUAAGAUGUUGGAACCUUUACAAGACAUUGGAGAAAAUCUGGCAACCCUGGAUGGGUGGCUGAUAGAAGCUCAAGAAAUAUUAAAUGAAUAUGGAAAUUCUGAUAAAGAUGUGGAAAGCAUGUACCAGAAACAUCAGCAAUUUUUUGCCAAAACGAAGGAACAGCAGAAGAAACUUGCUGAACUGGGACAAGCGCUGGAAAAAACUAAGAGUCUUGCUUUACCAGGCAUGGACACGGCUCAAUUACAGGACAAAGUCACUGAAAUAUCUGCUAAACUUCAGCUCUGCGUUUCUCAAGCCAAUGAGUGGAAACCAAAACUCAAGGCUGGAACAGAAACUUCUCGUGAAUAUAAAAAACAUCUUGGUUCCAUUCAAAGAUGGAUUCAGCAUGCUGAAAAAAUAUUGAGUAAACCAUUGGACGAGGAAGCACCUAGAAAGCUUAUGAAAGAACACCAGGAAUUUUUUGCCGAAGUUGAUCCGUCCCUUUUACCAGCCUUUUUGGAAGCCAGUAAAAAGUUACAAGAGUCGCAGAUAUCGGAAUCAGAGAAGUCAAAGGUCAAUGAAAUGACCAAUCAAAUGCAACAUGAAUAUUCUUCAGCCUUGAAAAGAUCGACACAGAGAUUAUUGAAGCUUAAGUUUUUGGAAGCAGAAGAUGAAUUCAGUGCAUUGAUAGCAACUUGCAAUAUGCAACUUGAUGAUGAAGAGAAUCAACUUAGCAGUAAAACUAAAGAAAAUGAAGAAUUACUGGUGGAACAUAAGGCAAAUUUUGAUGAGUCUUUCAAGCAAUUUGACAAACUUAUGAACACAAUGGAAUCACUCUGCGACAAUCUGAGGGAAUCCGUACCUGGUGAUCAUACCUGGACAAAGAAACUGACUGAAUUAAGAGAGGAACACGAAGAUGUGGUGACAGCCGAGGAAGAAAUGUUCAUGAAACUGACAGAACUUCCUGAAAAAUGGCAGGAAUUUGACAGGAAAAUGGCGACAGUGAAAGAUUGGGUGAAACAGUCGGAAAAUGUGAUGGAAACCGUUCAUAAACCUGUGGAAGCUGAUUCAGAUGAUUUUAAUACACAAGCGGAAAAAUUCAAGGCGAUUUCAUCAGCAAAAGACGAGCAUUUGAGCACCCUCGAGUGGUUGAGUGCGACCCUUGUUGACCUUGCAAAGCACUCUCGACCAGAGGAUAUUGAGAAACACCAAGAGACACUCAUGAGACUCACGGCGAGUAGUAAAUCGGUCAUUAACGCUCUCCCCAUCACUGAGAAAAGAGUGGAAUCCGUUCAAAUGUGCUUGGAGUAUAAAGAUAGGAUACAGGAAACUGUCUCUGCUAUUGAUCAAGAGCUUGAAGAAAUCAAUAACUUCAAUGAAGAAAUGAAAUCAAAACCUGUUGAUAGUUGUGAAGAUGCUGAAAAGACUUUGAGUCAUUUCCAGAACAUGAUGAAUGCACUCGAAGCUAUCUCAGUGCAAGUUAACGAAGACGUUAAUCUCGGGAAAGAACUUCACGCUGAUGAGCAGUGUCCUACGUUUCUCUACUCAGAAGUUUCAGGACUUGAGAAGAAAUGGGAUAAACUACAGGAUGUGGCCGCUCAAAGGGAGAAAGAGUUGGAGGAAACAGUACAAGCAUGGAAAGCACACACAGAUAUUCUGAUGCCAAUUCAAGAUUUUAUUUCACAAACAAUUCCUGUCAUUGAAGCCAGACUACGACUCAGUAACAUCAACUCUAUCAAUCAAGAAAUUGCAACCAAAACUGCGAUGCAAGACCAAGUGGAUCACGCCCUGAAAGGCAUGAAACUUGCUGAAGCGAACAUUGCAGUUUUAUCAAAGAAAUCAAGCAAGGAAGGGGCUGAAAGUCUGAAGAAAGAACUGAAUGAAAUCACUGAAAAACUGGAAAAAGUAAAAUCAGCUCUGAAUGAAGGAAUUGCUAAAGCGCAAGGAAUAAAGAAAGAAUGGAUGAAUUGUGAGGAAGAGAUGGAUGGUGUUGUUCAAUGGACGCGAGAAAUUGGAACAAAGAUUUCUGCAAUUGAGCAAUCUCAAGAGAAUCCAGAAAUCCAAUUCACACAAGCACAGGAGACAGUUGGUUCGAUACUUGCCAAAUCACAAGAGCUUUCUCAAUUGGAAGAGAGAAUAAAUCAAAUUGAAGGAUUAGAAUCACCUACUACACUGCAUGCAACACUGGCAACAGUCAGAGGAAAAUGGGAACAGGUUCACAACAGGGCUCAAAAUCUUGUGACAUCUCUUGGUGAAAAUCUGAGCCAUCAAGAAAAGUUUGAAUCCACAGUUCAACAAGUGGAAGAAAAUUUACUUGCUGCUGAACAACAUUUUCAAGUUGAACUCGAUCCCUGCGAAAGUUCUGAAGAUGUGCAGGACAGGAAAGAUGAGCAUUUGAAAUUUACUCACACUCUCGAACAAGUGAAACUAGGACUCACAACUCUGCAAUCUGAGGCCAAAUUAAUCAAAGAUCCUGCUAAAGCUCAAACAAAGAGACAUCAAUUACAACAGAGAUACGCUGACAUCAUUAACUUGAUCAGGACUCGAACUCACAACCUUGACGAAGCAAUUCAAAAGUUCCAAGAUUAUGAGAAGAAAGUGAAUAAAGUGAAACAGUAUAUUGAAAGAUGCGAUGAGAUUGUGUCAGCUGAUCACAGUGCAUUACCUGGAGACCCCCAGAAAUUACAGCACGAGUUACAAGUAGCUGAUAAGCUAUGCAGUGAGAUUCAAUUUCAUAAGGAAUCAUUACAAGAUCUUCGAGAAUUUAUUGAUGAAAUUGAUCAGAAUGUUCCAGUUUCCACAGAUAACGUCCUCACAGAGAUUAAUGCAAUGGAGGUCCUUCUGAACGAUCUACCUCAACAGUUUGCUGAUCGGAAACGAAUUGUCAGUGCAGCUCUAGCCUCGCAUACACAAUACAACGAUACGAUUGAACGGUACACAAUAUGGCUACUCAACUUUGAGAAGUCCUUACGAUCAACCACAGAUGUCUACUUAGAUGAUGUUCCUCUUGCAGUAAAUGUUAUUAAGGUAGGUUACUAGUUCAAACCGGUCAGAACCGGAUUUUUCUGGUAAGAACUUGAUUGCACUGGUGAUGAAGACUGGAUGAUGAUUGAAGAUACAGUCGGAUUUUCGGUGUGUUUGGUGAGUAUAUACUUCACAAGUAACUGAUGAACUUUUGGGGUCAUCCCUGCACAACCUUACCUUUGGUCAUGCUUCGAUGAAGACUGAUCCUCAACAUUAAAAUAGGUUUGUGAGGUAAGAUUAGAGAUCUCCUUAUAAUUUGGUUUGAAUGUCCUGAUGCAGCCGGUUCUAACUGGUUUUCAUCAUAUAUUGAGUUAAAUCCUACAAAAUUGCAAUUUGAUUUUACAUACAUAACACAAAAAUUAAAUUGAGAAUGGCGAUUUUGCUGAAGGCAGACCUGAAAAAACAAUGCUGAUUAAUUAUUGAUCAGUGGCAUAUUUUAUAAAUUAAUACAGUUGUAUUACUCGAUUAGGUACCAGUAUACCCAAACUAAAUUUUUUGGACAUCUCUUUUCAAUCACUUAUAUGCACAGCCAAAAAGUUGAAUGUGAAAACAGGAAAUAAUUGGUAAGUUUUCCUGAGUCCUAUCAAUCCUAUCAUAUUGGUAAGUGUGGUGCCAAGUUCAAGUGCCAGUGACUUGAAUUUCUACAGAUCCAAAUGACUUUAUCUGUGGCUUUUUUUUUUUUUCGAUCCAGUUUAAUCUGGAUCCAACUGGUAUUAUGUAUCACAUAUUGGCUUGGAUUGCUAAGUCAGAUCUAUCUGAGCGGAUCUGACUGUUUUAUCUUAUAUAUUUAUGCAUUUAUUUGGGUUUAGUUUUGUUUUGGAUCCAGUUAUACUGGAUCCAACAGACAUUAUCAUGUCAUAUAUUGCCCACAUUGGCCUUAAAAUGAAUUUUUUUGUUUCAUUUUGGAACCAGUUUUAACUGGUAUCCUGUCCUAUAUACGCCAUUGAGUAGGAUCUGUCUUAGACUGAUCUCACUGACUUCGUUUUAGAUCCAGUCGAAACUGGAUCUAACUGGUAUUCUGUGCUAUAAUGAGUCAGAUCUGACUGAUGGUUUCCUAUGUUUUCUUUUAAUUUUAGAUCCAGUUUGAACCGGAUCUAACUGGUUUUUCUGUCACAUAUGGUUUGCACUGGUAUCCCAACUGUUACAUUUAAUUUUCUUUGCCCCUCUCAUAAAUACGGUUGAUCUUGACUGGGAGGAUCGAUGCAUUUUCGUUUUUUAUGGAUUUGAUGUUUUAGGAAGCUGACCUAUCAUAUAUAUAACCAAACAACAAUACCGAUGGAAACCAAAAAAGUGCAAUGGAAACACAAAAAACUUCGUAAGCUUGCCCCAAAGUCUUAAAAAUCAUAUCAUUUUGGUGAGAAUGGUAUUUUAAUUGCCAGUGUCCAAAUGCCUUUUACUCUGUGGCCUGUUUUUUUGCCACAUAUUGCCUAUGUAAGACUUUAGAUCUGUUGUAGAUAUAACUUUUCUUAUUUAUUUUCUAUCCAGUUUAAACUGGAUCAAACGGGUUUUUCUGUCAUAUAUGGUUUGCACUGGUAUCCCAACUGUUAUCGGUAAAUAUGAAUUGAAUACUGAAUGUUGCCUUAUACUAGAUAGACCAAUUUGAACCAGUUUUGUCUGGUUCGCUCUGACAUAUAUUUAGGCUGGUCUUAUAAUAGACCAGCAAUUUUUAAAUUUUGGUCAACCAAUUUUGAACCAGUUUUGUCUGGUUUGCACUGACAUAUAUUUAGGCUGGUCUUAUAAUAGACCAGCCAAUUUUAAAUUUUGGUCAACCAAUUUUGAACCAGUUUUGUCUGGUUUGCACUGACAUAUAUUCAGGCUGGUCUUACAAUAGACCAGCCAAUUUUGAGUUUGGUCGUUGCCAAAAACAGACUACAAUGAACAAGCAUUUACCUCAUUCCUUUUUUGAAAUGGGAGACUUGUAUAGUUUGCAACAGUAUAUAUUUAGGCUGGCCAAACGAGCCGGUUUUGUCUUGAUUGCAUUUUGUAUUCGGUCGUUUCUUUGAAAAGACCAACUAGAAGCUCUAUGAACUAUCUUUAUUCUCGUUCCAUUAUGGAAAGAGAAGCUUUUUAUGGUUAGCACUGAUAUAUAUUAAGGCUGGUCUUACAAUAUAGAUUUUGCCCAUUUUCAUUUUGUCUUUAUUUGUUUUUGGAAAGAACUAACUCGUGUGGUCUUUACAUCGGUAAGUAUUACAACUGCUAAUGUGAUUGGUAAGUAUGAUAUAACCAUUAGUUGGUAAGUAUGGCAAUAUUGGCAUGAGGGAAAUUGAACUGGUAAGGAUGGUUAUUCUGGUUGGCACGAUGGUGGUGGAUCUCCAAUCAUCAGGUAUCCAGGUCUCGUAUUGGGUGCAUUGAAGGAAGACACUCAUCGAAGGCAAGACAUCUAUCUCUUCAGCACAACCAAGUGAUCAAUCGAUAGAAAAAAACUUUAACCAGGAUUAUACUUCUAUGUGAGUACUAUUGCAGAUAGGGUAAGAUUUCAUCUUUAUCUCGUGGGGAGAGGAAAGCCGAAAAAUAGCUUUAUCAUAUGGCGAACCAUGGC